GAAUGUAACUAAUUCCUACUAAUACCUAACAUUUCCCUUAUUUUUCUUAAUUAAUAAUAAUUAUUGUUUGGAUAUACUUCAAUUAAUAAACUAAAUUGAAUAAUUUUCACUCUUUACAAGUUUUUGCUAUUAUACUUAUAGUACGUCAUUAAAAUUUUAAAUCUUAUUGAAGAUUGAAACAAAAAAAAAAGAAAAAAAAAUCCUAUUGUAGUAAUAUCUAAAGAAUAACAUUUACGGGAUAAAAAUAACAAAAAAGAAUAUCAUUCAUUUCCACAUAUACCCACCGGAGGAAAAGGACACUAAACCCCCAACAGUCGAAAUUGGAAUAAAACCAAAACAAAACGAUCAUUUCUGUCUCUCUCUUUUUUUUGGUUUUUUUAUUAUUAUUUUUUUUAUCAGUAAACAAAACGUUCAUAUUCACAGUUCCCAAGAAAAUUCACUCCUCUCUCUCUCUCUCUCUCUCUCUCUCUCUAGUGUACAAAGAGGUUCUUCCUCUUGCAAAAAAAAACCCACAUUGUCAAAUUUCUCUGACCAUAUCUGUAGAGGUUUUGGAGUUCCUCGUUAUAGCGAGUCUAGCUAGUGCAGAACGGUCUCUAGUGUUGUGGAUUUGCUUUACUUGGCUCCUAUGGGCAUUAGAGAAACCAGAGCCUUGCGCUUAAACAUGGGUUGUUGUUGUCAUUGAAGAUUUCCUUUUUUCAUUCUUCCUCCUCCUUUUGAGGGUCUCUCACUGUUUGUUUCCUGGGAAAAUUUUUUGGGUCUGGAUUGAUUUUUAGUGAGCCCAAAUGGAGAGCCUUUAUGGGUUGCAAUUAAUGAUGGUGAUUUGCUUAGGGAUGUUGAUGGGUUGCAGUUGGUGUCAGGACAAUGCAGAUGCAAUUACUGCUGUGUAUAUUGUCACUAUGAAACAAGUACCCGUUUCCCACCAUUACUAUGAUGAAUUCAAAGUGAAAGGUCAUGGUUUCAAAGAUGGUGCUUCAGGGAGAGUAAAUGGAACCAAUCAUGGUUCUUCAGGGAGAGUAAAUAGAAUGGACACACCAAGGAAUAUUUCAAGAAAAGAUAGGCGGUAUGGUUCGUAUGUUUCCCGAGUUCAUGAUUCAUUGUUGAGGAGGGUUUUGAGAGGGGAGAGAUAUCUAAAGCUAUAUAGCUACCACUACUUGAUCAACGGAUUUGCUGUGCUCGUUACUCCCCAGCAGGUUGAGAAGCUUUCGAGGAGGAGAGAAGUGGCAAAUGUGGUUUUGGAUUUCUCAGUUAGAACUGCAACCACUCAUACACCACAGUUUCUGGGACUACCUCAAGGGGCUUGGGCCCAAGAAGGUGGAUAUGAUUCUGCAGGAGAAGGAAUUGUGAUUGGGUUUAUUGAUACCGGAAUUGAUCCUACUCAUCCCAGCUUCUCCGAUGAAGUAUCUGAAAAUUCAUAUCCAGUUCCGCAGCACUUUUCUGGCAUUUGUGAAGUCACUCGCGAAUUCCCAUCUGGGUCCUGCAACAGAAAGCUUAUUGGGGCUCGCCAUUUUGCAGCAUCUGCUAUAACCAGGGGAAUUUUCAAUGCAUCUCAGGAUUAUGCGUCACCAUUUGAUGGUGAUGGCCACGGGACGCACACAGCUUCCAUUGCAGCAGGGAACCAUGGAAUUCCAGUGGUAGUAGCUGGGCAUCACUUUGGGAAUGCUAGUGGAAUGGCUCCUCGUUCACACAUUGCUGUUUACAAGGCGCUGUAUAGGAGCUUUGGAGGCUUUGCUGCAGAUGUUGUUGCUGCAAUAGACCAGGCGGCUCAGGAUGGAGUGGACAUUAUAAGCUUAUCAAUCACUCCCAACAGGCGACCUCCUGGAAUUGCAACUUUUUUUAAUCCCAUAGACAUGGCAUUGCUGUCAGCUGUUAAGGCUGGUAUAUUUGUCGUACAAGCAGCGGGUAAUACUGGACCAUCACCCAAGAGUAUUGCAUCCUUCAGUCCGUGGAUCUUCACUGUUGGUGCUGCCACUCAUGACAGGGUCUAUGGUAACUCAAUAAUCCUUGGCAACAAUGUCACUCUCCCUGGUGUUGGACUUGCACCGGGAACAAAGGAAGAAACAAUGUACACUCUGGUUUCUGCACUUCAUGCUCUGAAUGACACAGUGGCUGUGAAUGAUAUGUAUGUCGGUGAAUGCCAAGAUCCCAGUAAUUUAAAUCAAGAUCUUGUCCAGGGGAACCUCUUAAUCUGUAGCUACUCAAUUCGUUUUGUCCUUGGGCUCUCCACCAUCAAACAGGCCUUGCAAACAGCAAAAAACCUCAGUGCAGCUGGUGUUGUGUUCUACAUGGAUCCUUUUGUCAUUGGAUUUCAGCUCAACCCAGUUCCCAUGGGCUCUCCUGGCAUUAUAAUUCCAUCUCCAGAUGAUUCUAAGAUCCUGCUUCGAUACUACAAUUCUUCCUUGGAGAGAGAUGGACUUACAAAGAAAAUUGUUAAAUUUGGGGCAGUGGCAUGCAUUUCAGGCGGACAAAAAGCAAAGUAUAGCCAUUCUGCUCCAAAAAUCAUGUAUUACUCUGCUAGAGGUCCUGAUCCGGAGGACAGUUUUCUUGAUGAUGCUGACAUACUGAAACCAAACCUGGUUGCUCCAGGUAAUUUUAUAUGGGCUGCUUGGAGUUACCUCGGCACUGAUUCUGUUGAAUUCCAAGGUGAAAGCUUUGCAAUGAUGUCUGGCACAAGCAUGGCUGCUCCGCAUGUUGCUGGGCUUGCAGCCCUAAUUAAGCAGAAGUUUCCCACACUAAGUCCAACAGCUAUUGGGUCGGCACUUUCCACUACGGCUUCUCUCUAUGACAAGAAUGGAGAUGCCAUAAUGGCACAGCGUGCUUAUUCCAACCCAGAUUUGAACCAGUCUCCAGCAACACCUUUUGACAUGGGAAGUGGUUUUGUGAAUGCAACUGCAGCACUAGAUCCGGGUCUUAUUUUUGAUUUGAGUUUCGAUGAGUAUAUGUCAUUUCUCUGUGGCAUAAAUGGAUCUGCCCCCGUGGUUCUAAAUUACACGGGUCAGAGCUGUGGGAUUUCUACCAUGAAUGGCACAGACCUGAACUUACCUUCAAUCACAAUAGCGAAACUGAACCAGUUUAGAAUGGUCCAAAGAACAGUAACCAACAUUGCCGGCAAUGAAACAUAUAGUGUGGGUUGGAGUGCUCCUUAUGGUGUUUCUGUAAAGGUGACUCCAUUGCACUUCUCUAUUGCAAGUGGGGAGAGACAGGUGUUGAGUGUAUUCUUUAAUGCCACAAUGAACAACUCCGUUGCAAGCUUUGGAAGAAUCGGACUCUUUGGACAUCAAGGUCACACGAUCAACAUUCCUUUGUCAGUCAUUGUUAAGCUCAUGUAACACCCACUAAUAGCUGAGGAUCAAGUGCUGAUAGUUCUUUUUUUUUUUUAUAUUAUUAUUAUUAUUAUUAUUAUUAUUAUUAUUUUUUUUUUUUUUCACAUAUAUUUUGAUUUCAAUCUUGUAUUUUUGUUGGGAAGAUGUCCAAUUUUUUGAUUUUUUGCUCCUGUAAAUGCCAUAGGAUCUCUUUGUAUGUAGAUAGGGUGAUUGAUUAAUGAUAAAUAAUUAUUCUGUUGGUUC